AUGAGUCUGCUGUUGGACCAGGCCUGUCUGCCUUUGGACCAGGCCUGUCUGCUGUUGGACCAGGUCUGUCUGUUGGACCAGGCCUGUCUGUUGGACCAGGCCUGUCUGCUGUUGGACCAGGUCUGUCUGCUGUUGGACCAGGCCUGUCUGCUGUUGGACCAGGCCUGUCUGUUGGACCAGGCCUGUCUGCUGUUGGACCAGGUCUGUCUGCUGUUGGACCAGGUCUGUCUGCUGUUGGACCAGGUCUGUCUGCUGUUGGACCAGGCCUGUCUGCUGUUGGACCAGGUCUGUCUGUUGGACCAGGCCUGUCUGCUGUUGGACCAGGUCUGUCUGCUGUUGGACCAGGCCUGUCUGCUGUUGGACCAGGUCUGUCUGCUGUUGGACCAGGCCUGUCUGCUGUUGGACCAGGUCUGUCUGCUGUUGGACCAGGUCUGUCUGUUGGACCAGGCCUGUCUGCUGUUGGACCAGGUCUGUCUGCUGUUGGACCAGGCCUGUCUGUUGUUGAACCAGGCCUGUCUGCUGUUGGACCAGGUCUGUCUGCUGUUGGACCAGGCUGUCUACUUUUGA